AUGGGUCAACCAUGUUAUGUAGUCAAGAUGGACAAUGGCUUUAUAUUCAAACGUCACAUCGAUCAAUUAACCGAGUCGCAAAUACAGAAAAAGAGAGUGACAUUUAGGGAUGAAGUUAAGCCACAUAUUGCAGAUGGUCAUCAUCAUUCAAGUCUUAGUGUCAUUGUGAAAAUCCCAGAAUCGCUUCCAGUUCAAUUGUCGGCUCCUUCUUCAGCAGAGAAUCUAUUUCCAUCAGAAACUCUUCUACCACGAGGCUUCAACACUAAUGAACAUCUGCAUCGUUCUUCCGGGCCUCAUCAAUAUUUGAAUGACUAUGUUAUUCAAUAA